CGUCGUUUGGUCCAGUCCGUCACUCUGUCCUAACUGUCUGCCAGCCACCAAUGAACCAAAACAAACCACGUGCGAAUGAUCCAAAUUUCGGCCCAGUAAACCCCCCACCACUUAUGCUUCGUGUGCCAUGAGAGUGGGUUUUCAGUGGGUUUGAAGAGCCCUACGCGGGUUGACAGGCACACCUCAGUCCAAAGAACCUCCCUACAUGUCUGGAGGGCAUACUCACCCUUGAUGAUCGCCCCAAAAUGGAGUCGAAUAUUCGUAACCUUUUGAGAGACGACCCAGCCAGUUUCAAUUGCUCAUAAUCGGUCGACGAGAAAUACUUGAUCCAUGAUUGAUGUACAUGUUGCUCGACCUGGAAAAUCAUGAAGGAAUUUGCCGUCUCAGCAUUUUAUCCUAAGCCAGGAUCCACUGAGGUCGCUCUCAGUCCUCCGGAACAUGUCCGCCCAAUGGUCACGCCAUGAUUCGAACCACCCCCAGCGAAGUCUAGCCCGACAACAAUUUGGCUUGGAUGUGGCACCACGCCUCCAAUCCACGGUGCAACUCAGAUCCACCCGGAAAGCCCGAGUCAAGAUGGAUCCGGAGAAAUCCGUUUUGUUCGUGUGCUUGGGUAAUAUCUGCCGAUCGCCCAUAGCCGAGGCCGUUUUCCAUCGGAUCCUCAAAGAUCGUGGACUCACGGGCACGUGGAAGGUCGAUUCGGCUGCGAUAGGCGAGUGGCACGUGGGAAAGCUACCCGAUUCGAGAGCGAGGAAAGUGAUGGAACGGCAUCAAUUGGAAAUGGAGACCUUGGCCCGACAGAUUUGUACCGAGGAUUUCUCAAGUUUCAAGUACAUCUUUGGCAUGGAUUCACAGAACAUGCUGGACCUCGGUGGAAUUUCUCCCCCGGAUUGUCCAGCCGUGAUCGAAAUGUUGGGGGUCCAUCAUCCCGCGGGCCAAACGAUCGAGAUCAGAGAUCCUUAUUAUGAUACCGGUGAUGCCGGAUUCGAGAAGUGCUAUGCGGAAUGUCACGCCUGCUUGAGUCAUUUCCUGGACAAGAUUCAACCGUCCAAAUCAAACUGAGGAUAUGUAUUUAUCAGUAAAUGAGAAAAUCAGGGCAAAACAAACCAAAAAGUGUUGAUAAAAAAAAAUGUACAGAAAUUUGUGC